GAGGUGCUCUUUUUCCCUGCGAUGAAACCGGAUGAUCCCAAUCGGCACAGAGAAGAAGAAGAUGGGAGUGCGUCUGUGCUUGUGAAUGGAAAAGACAAGUAACCUCUGCUUGCAGCCUGAUGUGAUGAAACAGGGCUUUCCUCCUGACUAACUUGAGCUUAUCAAAAAUAGUUGAUAUGUGUUAGGUCUGAAAAUUUUGCGUAUUAGAUAUAUAAGAGAUUCAUUCUUGGGGGAUUAUUUAUUUCUUUAAUUUAUUUGUGCAGGGAUUUUAAAUCUGGGCAUGGAGAUUAUUUAUUCCAUUGUAUUUCUGUCAGUACUAAAUUUUUCUUUUAUUUAUAUAUUUUUUUCUUGCCCAUUUUGUUGUGUAUUGUGGCUACAUCAUUAUUCAUGUGGUUGUUUUAGUGCACGAUGUAGAAUAUUUUUCACGUGUUUGUACUUGUUUUCACUACUGUGUUACUGUUUCCUUUACUUUUGUUACUUUAUUUCAAAUAAAUUUUCUAUAAAUUUGAUUUUUGAAAUGAUUGUAGAAAUGUCUUGUUUUUAUGUCAAAUAAAUUACAGUAUUUCUUAGUGAGUACCUGUUGUCUUCUUCAGUGGGAUAUAGAAUCUUUUUCCAUUCCUGUCCUUUCUUAACAAUUUCACUUUGUUUGCUGAAAGCAAUAACAAAAAAUGUAAGAAAACAAUUCUUUUCUGCUUGGAUAUGUGUACUUGGUGAAGCUAAUGAAACUCCCAUUUUUUAAACAAAAUUAUUAUUAUUAAAAGAAUGUUUACUUCCAUCCUUGGUUAUUCUGAUUCAGACAAUGUUUUGAGCAUGGGAUAGGAUUGAAUGUGAACGUGGUUCUUAUUUAAUUCUCAUAAUUAGAUACCUUUAUGUAUUUCAAAUUUUUCUUCUCUUGCGAAAGUUCCACUAAAAAUUUAAAAGGAUGUCAUGUUUGAAGCUUUGGAGGAGAAAUAUCAGAAUUUUGUUCUCCGUUUCCUUUCUUGCAUGCUACUUUCUUUUAUGUUUCUCCUACUUUUUUAAACUUGUGAAUUUGAAUAAUUUAUGUUGCUAAUGUAAUAUUAAUGAUUGGAUUGUUUGUUCAGUUUUGAUUGCUUCUAACAAUUUUUGUUAUUGCAUGUUCCUGCAUUCAAACUUUAAUUUCGUUUUCAUUGUCUUUUACUUUCAUUGACUGGUAAACUGGGUUUUUCGUUGUUGUUUUUUCAUUCACAAUGUUAUGUUUUGAGCAUGGAAUAAAAUAGAAUGUAAAUGUUACAAAUCUGCAAAUGCGGUGGUCAUUUAAUUCUCCUAAAUUAGAUGCACUCAUGUGUUCAAAAUCUUUCUACCCUUAAGAAACCACUUAAUCUUUAUAUUUGAAGAACCUUAACUGCUAAGCUUACUCUUGACUGUUUUCAAUUGAAGAUAAUGGAAUGUUUGAUAUUGCUGAGAUUUAAAUGUUAAGUAAAUUCUAUCAUGUUAAUAUAUUGUUAACUUUAAUGAACUCAUUUAAAAUUUUAAAUAUAUAAAGAAAUUGUGCUUCAAGAAGAUCAAGAGGAAAACUUGUUUUAUAAAAGUUAAACAUUUUAUAAAUUUGUAGAAGGAAUACUCUCUUCUCUUGAAUAAAUGUAAUUUUGGUAUUUGAAUGAA